CCCAAAAACAUUCUCAUUCGUCAUCGAAAUUCCCGCCAGAGGGCGAACGUUUCUUUCUUUUCUUUUCCACAUUCGUCGAGGAAGUAGAUAGCAUUCCACAAAGGAAAGGUCUAUCAACAACGCAUCAUUCAACAUGGGAGCCUAUCGUUACAUUCAGGAGCUGUAUCGCAAGAAACAAAGCGAUGUCAUGCGCUAUUUGUUGCGUAUUCGCGUCUGGCAAUACCGCCAAUUGACGAAGAUGCAUCGUGCACCGCGCCCAAGUCGUCCCGACAAGGCACGUCGUUUGGGCUACAAAGCCAAGCAAGGUUUCUGCAUCUAUCGCAUUCGCGUGCGUCGCGGAGGUCGCAAACGCCCCGUACACAAGGGUUGCACAUAUGGCAAGCCCAAGUCGCAAGGUGUCAACCACUUGAAGCCUUACAGAAAUUUGCAAUCUGUUGCUGAGGAACGCGUUGGUCGUCGCUUGGGAGGUCUCCGUGUCCUCAACUCCUACUGGGUUGGUCAAGAUGCCGCCUACAAGUACUAUGAAGUCAUCAUGGUUGAUCCCCAUCAUAACGCCAUUCGUCGUGAUGCCAAGGUCAACUGGAUCUGCAAGGCCGUUCACAAGCACCGUGAAUUGCGCGGACUUACCUCCGCCGGCAAGAGCUCACGCGGCAUCGGAAAAGGAUACAGAUAUUCCCAAACUAUCGGAGGAUCACGUCGUGCUGCAUGGCGCAGAAAGAAUCGCAUUCACAUGCGUCGUUAUCGUUAAGAUUUUCAGCAAUUUACUUAUGUAUUUGGUCUCCAGACGAACAACAAGAACUUUUCAUGCAAAUUUUUAUUUGUAUGUUGGACUUUUAUACAUAAUGGA